CCUCCCCGCCGCCAUAUUGCUGGGAAGUAAUCCAGUUACGGGCUGCUCGCUCUCCGGGAAUUUUCAGCCCCUUCCCUCUCCCACCACCGAGCGAGAGCAACCGCUCACACCCCCCUCCUCCCCCAAACCUCGGUAUUAAAUUUAUGAAAGCCCCACUGCUGACAAGGGGAGAAGCAGCAGCGGCCGCCCUCGAUCCUCCUCCAACCAUGUCGACUCUCACCCAGCGGAGUUCCGGCCUUGUCCAGAGGAAAACCGAGGCUGCCAGGAACGCGGAGAAAAUCCCCGAGGACGACGAGGACCGGAGGGAUGAGCAGGACCAGGAGGACGACAAGUGUGACUCCAAAGAAACUCGCCUCACCCUGAUGGAGGAGGUCCUCCUCUUGGGCCUAAAGGACCGGGAGGGUUAUACAUCAUUUUGGAAUGAUUGCAUCUCCUCUGGGUUGCGUGGAUGUAUGCUGAUAGAACUGGCUCUAAGAGGACGCUUGCAACUAGAAUCUUUUGGCAUGAGACGCAAAAGUUUACUAACAAGGAAGGUUAUCUGUAAGUCAGAUACCCCUACUGGAGAUGUAUUGCUUGAUGAAGCUUUGAAACAUAUUAAGGAAACACAGCCUCCAGAAGCGGUACAAAGCUGGAUUGAACUUCUCAGUGGUGAAACGUGGAAUCCAUUGAAAUUACACUAUCAGUUACGAAAUGUCCGUGAGCGAUUGGCUAAAAAUCUAGUGGAGAAAGGUGUACUGACUACAGAGAAACAGAACUUUCUGCUGUUUGACAUGACAACGCACCCUCUUACCAACAAUGUAAUCAAGCAGCGUCUCAUCAAAAAAGUUCAGGAAGCUGUGCUGGAUAAAUGGGUGAAUGACCCGCAUCGGAUGGACAAACGCUUGCUUGCCCUCAUUUACUUAGCCCAUGCCUCGGAUGUACUGGAGAAUGCCUUUGCCCCUCUCUUAGAUGAACAUUAUGACUUGGCCAUGAAAAGAGUACGACAGCUGCUGGACUUGGAUCCUGAAGUUGAAUCUAUGAAGUCUAAUACAAAUGAAUUACUUUGGGCUGUAGUUGCAGCCUUUACCAAGUAAAAUAUAUAGAAUUAAAUGAUUAUUUGUUUUCCUGUUUUUCUUCUCCCAUUAUAAUUCCUGUCCUUUUUAAGUUGUAAUGUCCUGUCCAUUAAAUUUGUCCUUCCCAUGAAAUUUGUCCUUUCCUUUCAAACUCGCUUAAAGGCUUUGGUUCCAGUUAAUCUUGGAAGAUUGAUUCAUAAAUGGCCUAUGAAACGCUGCAUUUCUUACAGCCAAAGAGGUACUGUAUCGUUUUUGUGGCCUGUUCAAUUCUCUCUCACCACUACACUUAAAUGAUAGUGUUGAAAGAAACUCAAGUGCAGUUUAUUCCUGAUAAGCUCAUAAUUAGUCAACCAAGAUAUUUUGUCUGUCAGUAUUUUUAUGUAAUAGAAGUGAAUGGGGUUGGUGGGUUUUAUACUUAGAUCAAGCAUGCAUUUAUUUGGACUGCAUUGCCAUUUUAAAUGACCAUCAUAUGCAUUUUGUUUAUAAAAAAUAGGGGGAUUCAAAAUGCUGCACUAUAAAACACUAAAUAUCUGCCGCCUUACUGCGUUAUUUUCUGCUACAGAUGAAAACAAUGUCAGUUUUCUCAUAAUAUAAUGUAAGAGAAUGUGUGUAGUGUUUUAUUUCCCCACCCCAUCCUUUAAAGGCCAAUUACCUUAACUUGUAAAAUAUAAUGUGCGUGGGCCCCUAAAUUUAAUGAAGUUUUGCCGUAUUAAAUUUUUUCUUGGUGGCAUCAACUAUAAAAUGCUACCAGAAAUGAUUUUACCGCAUUGAAAAUAAACAUUUAUUGUGAAACUCAUGGUCUGUUAAGACAUCACUAUGCACAAUAGGCUUUGGAAAAAAGGCAGACAUAAAACAUGAAAACCACAAAAGAAUACAUGGCCAACAAGCAUGGCAUUGUGUUCUGGUUCAUGUCCAAGAGUAACAUGGGGAAAUGUGUUUCGUCACAAUUCUCAGCCAAAUUAUCCUCCAUUGAGAUUAGAUAACAUGUACAUUUUCUUCCCUUUUCAAUUCCACCUCAAUAGCAGUACAGAAAAUGUCUCUAAAAUUUUUAAAUUUCUGUUACACUUUGUAAGUUUGUUUUUUGUUACCUAUCUGCUUUUUUGUAAGCCAUCUCUUUUAAAUUAUUACAUCAACAUAGUUGACAGAGGAGGCCUUCUAACAGUGAUCCAUAGAUUCACAAUUUUAAAUGGAAGCAAUUCUGGGAUAGCUAACAUUCCAGUAUAGUUUGUAUAUAGUUCAACUUGUAUAUUUACGUAUUCCAUCCUAGUUUUUUUUUGCAAGACAAUGAAUUCUACACCUGUUCUUAUCUGUGCUUAGCCACUGAUAUGGUGGAAAGGGGCUUUUUUCUGUAGAGCAUGUUCAAAACUCCUUUGUGAUUUUGAUGUAUGUGAAAAAGUACCUUGCAGUUACUUGGGCCGAUACAUAGCCUUUUAUGUUAUUCAGUGUGAGGUCCAAGUUGGUUUUAAGUCAUUGUAACAAGUAUGUUUCAUGUCAAAGAACACUUGUGGUCAAUAGCAAGAUGGGUGCAAUUCUUUUUUUUCAUUUCUCACUGAAAAGGAUGUGAAAUCUUAGUUUCUGUUUCCUGCAAAUAUUGUUACUAAUUUUAGUUAAUAGCUACUUUGGAAGUCUUUUAUAGGCAUGGCAUGUGAAUAGUUAAUUGCAAAUUCAGCCACUGUAAUUAUUAAGGGUGUUUUUUGUGGAAUAGCAACUAUUCCAAUUAUGGCACAGAUUUUAUUAGUUUUACAUAUAAUCUGUUUUAGUAUGUCAUAUGAAAUUAUUGGCUUUUUAACCUGUGAGCUCUUUUCACUGCUUGCUUUAUUGCUGCUGGUUUCACCAUAUUUAUGUAAAUAACAAGGAGAUGAUUAGCAAAACAGUGAUUCAUGAUAUAUUACAUAUGAUGGGGCUUACAGGUGUUUCUGAAUUAUUUGUUUAAGAAUUCAAAACAACAAUACUAGAUGGUGUAGAACUGUAGACUUGAAAUUAAAGGGAUCCCUGAUCUGUAUACUAGCUUUUUACUUUUCAGUUAAUAAACUAUGAUUUUGAAAGUGCUCG